AUGAAGAAAAUUUUGUGCGCUUCUCAAGCUGCUCCACAAAACGACCCAUUUAUGUAUUUAUCUCAUAUUUUUUCCCUUUAUACACAUGUUGUCUUUUGCAAAGCAUCUGUUUACGAAAGAAAAAGGAGACAUUUAAUUCACAAAAUCACGACACCAUCCGAAGCAGCAAAACUUACAAAACUGAACUGUACUGCUCAAGCUUUACUUCACAUCUGA